AUGCGCAAAGUCAGGCCCGAUUCCAACAGGGAGCCUGGGGAGCAGGAGCUACAGGGAGUGGCGAGAGCCCUGAAAAGACUGAAAAAAGCAAUCCAAUUCCAGAAAAUUCGGAGGCAAGUGGAGGCCCGUGUUCCCCGCCCAGAGCCCUGCGGCGAGGCCUGCUGCGGUCCGUGGAGCCUCCCUUUCGCCCUGUGCGGGGUGCGCACGGUGCCCCUCCGCGUGCUCCUGAACGUGGAGGCAUCUGCAGGGCUCUGCAGAGUCCCGCACCCAUCUUAUUCGAAGAGUCUGACACGUAAAUGUGCAACCACUUUGAAGCAGAAGCUGAAGCAGGAUCACAAAGUCCUUAAGAAAGCUGGACUUGCCCUCUUGGUCUGGUGGUUCCAGGGCUCUGGGCACAGCUUGCAUGCAGGCCACUCAGUAUCCAGCUCUCUGCUGAUGCCAGGGGAUGAAGCAAUGAUCCUGAGGACACCAGACCCUGACAGUGGUAGAUUGCCAAGUGGUGACCAGCGAUUUAAGGCAGGGGAACCAGAUGGCCAGAACUUCAGUAGCAAAGUAGGACAGAGGGGGCAAGAGUUCUUGGACUUCUUAUUCAGAAUCUGA